AAUUCAAUUCGUCAUAAUCUGUCCCUGCACAGCAAGUUUAUUCGUGUCCAGAAUGAAGGGACUGGAAAAAGUUCUUGGUGGAUGCUCAAUCCAGAGGGAGGCAAGAGUGGAAAAUCCCCCAGGAGAAGAGCUGCAUCCAUGGAUAACAACAGUAAAUUUGCCAAGAGCCGAGGCCGAGCUGCCAAGAAAAAGGCAUCUCUCCAGUCUGGCCAGGAGGGUCCCGGGGAUAGCCCUGGAUCUCAGUUUUCCAAAUGGCCUGCAAGCCCUGGCUCCCACAGCAAUGAUGACUUUGAUAACUGGAGUACAUUUCGCCCUAGAACCAGUUCAAAUGCUAGCACCAUCAGUGGGAGACUUUCUCCCAUCAUGACAGAACAGGAUGAUCUGGGAGAUGGGGAUGUGCAUUCUCUGGUGUACCCACCUUCUGCUGCAAAGAUGGCUUCUACUUUGCCCAGUCUGUCUGAGAUCAGCAAUCCUGAAAACAUGGAAAACCUUUUGGAUAAUCUCAACCUUCUCUCAUCCCCAACAUCAUUAACUGUUUCAACCCAGUCUUCACCUGGCAGCAUGAUGCAGCAGACACCAUGCUACUCCUUUGCACCACCAAACACCAGUCUGAAUUCGCCCAGCCCAAACUACCCCAAGUACACAUAUGGCCAGUCCAGCAUGAGCCCCUUGCCCCAGAUGCCUAUGCAGACACUUCAGGACAGCAAGUCAAGUUAUGGAGGAUUGAACCAGUACAACUGUGCACCAGGACUCUUGAAAGAAUUGCUGACUUCUGACUCUCCUCCCCAUAAUGAUAUCAUGUCACCAGUUGAUCCUGGGAUGGCACAGCCCAACAGCCGGGUCCUGGGCCAGAAUGUAAUGAUGGGCCCUAAUUCGGUCCUGCCAGCCUAUGGCAGCCAGGCAUCCCAUAACAAAAUGAUGAAUCCCAGCUCCCAUAACCACCCUGGACAUGCGCAGCAAACAUCUGCGGCCAAUGGGCGUACCCUGCCCCACGUGGUGAACACAAUGCCUCACGCAUCGGGGAUAAACCGCCUGACUCCAAUGAAGACACCUUUACAAGUGCCUCUGUCCCACCCCAUGCAGAUGAAUGCCCUGGGCAGCUACUCUUCUGUGAGUAGCUGCAAUGGCUAUGGGAGGAUGGGCGUCCUCCACCAGGAGAAGCUCCCGAGUGACUUGGACGGCAUGUUUAUUGAGCGUUUGGACUGUGACAUGGAGUCCAUUAUCCGGAAUGACCUCAUGGAUGGAGAUACCUUGGAUUUUAACUUUGACAAUGUGUUGCCCAACCAAAGCUUCCCUCAUGGUGUCAAGACUACGACACACAGCUGGGUGUCAGGCUAAGAGUUAGUGAGCAGGCUACACUUAAAAGUACUUCAGAUUGUCUGACAGCAGGAACUGAGAGAAGCAGUCCAAAGAUGCCCUUCAACCCCUCCUUUUAGUUUUCUUGAUUUAAAAAAAAACAAAAAAAACAAAAAAAACUUUUUUCUUUCGUCAGACUUGGCAGCGAAGACACUUUUCCUGUACAGGAUGUUUGCCCAAUGUUUGCAGGUUAUGUGCUGCUGUAGAUAAGGACUGUGCCAUUGGAAAUUUCAUUACAAUGAAGUGCCAAAUUCACUACACCAUAUAAUUGCAGAAAAGACUUUUGGAUCCUGGUGUGCUUUCAAGUUUUGUAUAUAAGCCGUAGAUACAGAAUUGUAUUUGUGUGUGUUUUUUUAAAAUACCUACUUGGUCCAAGGAAAGUUUAUACUCUUAUUUGUAAUACUGUGAUGGUCUCAUGUCUUGAUAAAUUAAACUUUUGUUUGUACUACCUGUGUUCUGCUAAAAUGACGAAUCACGAAGAACUGAGAUCUCCAUUCUGCACUUUGCUGAAUGGUUUUAAACCUGUUCACCUUGCCACAGGAUUCACACGAGAACCAAGUAGCCUGUGAUCAAUCUGCUGAAUUAAUGGACAUGUUGGACUUGGGGAGAAAAGAUUAAGUGCCAGCUUUGUACAGGUCUUUUUCUAUUUUUUUGUUGUUGUUUAUUUUGUUAUUUGCAAAUUUGUACAAACUCUUAAAAUGGUUCUUAUUUCCAGAUAAAUGGCUUUUGAUGUUAUUGUUGGGACUUGAGAUCAUUUUUGGGAUAUUGAACUGUAAUGUUUUCUUAAAAUUAGAGUCUACUUUGUUACGUUGUCUGCUUGUAAAUUUGUGGAAUCACAGGUAUUUGGGGGCAGCAUUCACCAUUUUCAUUUUGUAUUUCUAACUGGAUUAGGACUAAUUUUAUACGUGCUUAACUGGUUUGUACACUUGGGGAUGCUGCCUGGUGAUGUUUCUGACUAAUCUUAAAUCAUUGUAAUUAGUACUUGCAUACUCAACAUUUCUGCUCUGCUUGGGCAGGAAAGUGAUAUAUAGUUACAGACACUUUGUGUUUCGUAUUUAGAAGAAUUUAAUAUGUUUUUAUGUAUGUAUUUUAAGGAAUUUUUCACCUGCUUCUAUUACCCUGUGAAUUGUGUGUGCCACAUAGCAUCAAGUCUUCUGAUAGAUGCCUGUGUGUUGCAUUGUUACAGUUAUUCCAGGGAGGCCUCAUUAUGUUUGUAGAUCAGGACGGGGACCUUUAAAAUGAUGUUCCUUUGUCUAAAAGGGGGUGGUGCGGUGAGGAGGGAAGUCCCUCAUACUUGGAACUCUUAUUUUCAUCAAGGUGGGGGUGGCUUGUGACUGUUCCCUCCCCCCCUUUCUCUCCCCCCUCCCCCUCCCCCCCUUGACUGAACAGUUUUAAGUUGAAGGAGGAAGUUUAAAAAUAGGACUUCAGUGAUUUAUAAGGUGUUUUGUGUUCAUAAGUACAGAUAGUGACUACCAAGUGGAAUAGAACUAGUUUAAAAAUUGAGGCAAUUGACUUGAAAACCAAUCAGCUCUCGAGUUGUACAUUAUUUUAAAAACUUGAGCUUGAGAAUUUGAGGAUUUUUUUCAGCCUUUAGCAGCCUAAACUGAAACUGAGACCGUUACAGGCCAUGCUAAUUUGCUUUGCUUCUUGUUCCAUCCAUCAGUGAUGCAGAAUACCCCACAUCACCACAGUAGAUGCACAGCAUCUAUUCCUCUAGCCUUGUGAGAAGGCCUGGUUUCCGUGUACGCAGCUAAAACCACACUUGUUGGGUUUAGUAUGUUACUCAUCUCUCCAUUGACUUAGUUUCUUGUAUAUGUUCACAACAUAAAUAAAUGUUCCUGAUAGAUUUCCACAGUUGGCCUGCUUUGUUAUCUGCUUCCUGCUGUGACUUUCACUAUCAAACAUGUGUUAAACAGUCACACCUCUAAUCAUCACCCAUGUUUGGGCACUCUAAACAGGGCUCCUUUUAGAAACCUUAGCUCCUCCAAGCAGAGUCUCUGCACAUGAGGUAGCUACUAAUGUUAAAGAACUCAUCUUACUUUCCUUCCUCACACACCAUUGUUUCACUGUUACAGGAGUUUGUGUGCCCCUAAUCAGUCACCACAGAGACAUCUACAGCCACAAUCACUGGUAUAAUUUAGUACAUCAUGGAGUGACUUUUUUGGAAGAUGUCCCCUCGCCCCCUGAAACUGUAAAUUUCAAUACUAACCCCCACUCACUGUCAAAAUCUUAACAUGAAUCCUGGGUAGUUGUCUGGGGUACAGUGAAGUCAGAAAAGGCUUCUUGUCUGUUUUGGAAGCAAGCAUCAUGUGGCCUCUGGGAGUUCUUUUUCUAUAAGAAUACUGACUUUCUGGAGUAAUUAGUAUAUUAUUGUACAUGAUUGCUUUGUGAAAUAUUCAAAUGAUAUCAUCUAUGCAGCCUUGUUUGAUUUAUUUCCUCUGGUUUGUACUGUUAUUAAAAGCAUAUUGUAUUAUAGAGCUAUUCAAAUAUUUUAAAUAUAAAGAUGUAUUGUUUCCGUGAUAAUAGAUGUAUGGAGUAUAUUUAGGUAAUAGAUGUGUUACUUGGAAAUUUCUGCUUGGACAAACUGACAGUCUUAGUUGAUGAGCAGAUGUUUUGUCAGCAGUAAAUCAUGGAGCAUAACAAGAAUAAGAUAAGGAUACUUAAAAUGGAAACAAUUCUCCAAAGGUAUACAAUUCAAGCUUAUUCACCUGCUGAAUAUAUGUUGCCUAUACCCCCCCCCCCAAAAAAAAACAAACCCUUGAGGUUCUUAGUUUCAGAUCUUAAAAGUUACUGAUUUUAAGGGAGAAGUUAUUCUUUGGUUUCAGUUUGGGAGUGAUCAUUCAGUAUAAUGGGCAUUUUGGUUUCUAUAAACAGAACAGCCUGGCACUAUGGCCACUAAUGGCCUCGUAAGUCCCAUCAGGAUAGAGUUGAGGCUCCCACACACUUCAGCAGCUGAAUUGUAGUGACAGUACAGAUUCCAUGUCCCUGUUCAAUACUCUCUGAGAAGUGCCUGAUGAUGCUGAUGUACUUACAGACACAAGAACAAUCUUUACUAUAAUUGUAUAAAGCCAUAAAUGUACAUAAAUUAUCUUUAAA